UGUCAGAUCUGAGCAUGUGUUGAUGAUGGAUGGUGUGUAGUGGUCUCUGAGCAGGAUCCCGGUGCACUGUACGAUGCACAUCUACACAAAGCUGGAUUAUAAGGGCAUCUGAGGGAAACACGCGAUGGAUUCCUGGACAUAUUGGUUCUCUCCUAGUUACUACUCCACUAACCUGUCUGGAUAUUCCCUGUACGACGGCCUGCUGAACAUAUCUGAGGAGGAAACCCAGCGCAACGAGCCCGAGCAGCACCUGACCAACACUAACACGGCGGUGGUCACCGUCAUGUAUUUCCUGGUGUGUGUGGUCGGGCUGUGCGGAAACGCUCUGGUUAUUUACGUGAUCCUGCGCUACGCUAAGAUGAAGACGGUCACCAAUAUCUACAUCCUGAACCUGGCGGUGGCGGACAUUCUGUUCAUGCUCAGCUUGCCCUUCAUUGCGAUCCAGCUGGCGAUGGUGCACUGGCCGUUUGGGGCGACGAUGUGUCACGUGGUCAUCACCAUAGACUCCCUGAACCAGUUCACCAGUAUCUUCUGCCUGAUGGUGAUGAGCAUUGAUCGAUACCUCGCUGUGGUGCACCCCAUGAAGUCGAUCAAAUGGAGGAAGCCACAAGUGGCGAAGGCCACCAACGUAGCGGUGUGGGUGGUGUCCCUACUGGUCAUCCUCCCGGUAGUGUUCUACAGCGGGCUGAUCACUAAAGCUGAAGGGUGCUUCUGCAGUAUCGUGUGGCCGGAUCCGCAGGGAGCCUACCAAACCGCCUUCAUGAUCUACACCUUCCUCCUGGGGUUCUUCCUCCCGCUGAUGGUCAUCUGCCUGUGCUAUCUGCUGAUCAUCAUCAAGGUCAAGUCCUCGGGGAUCAAGGUGAGCUCCAGCAAGCGCAGGUAUUCAGAGAAGAAGGUGACGCGGCUGGUGUCGGUGGUGGUGCUGGUGUUUGUCUUCUGCUGGCUGCCCUUCUACAUCUUCAACAUGACCUCGGUUACGGGCACGAUCAGCGAUACGCCGUUUCUGCGCAGCGUGUUUGCGUUCGUGGUGGUGCUGGGAUACGCCAACAGCUGCGCUAACCCCAUAUUAUACGCCUUCCUGUCGGAGAACUUCCGAAAGAGCUUCCAGAAUGUUCUGUGCUUCAAGAAAGAGGCGCUGAGCGACGCGGCCCGCUCCAACAGCAGACUGGACCGGCCACAGAUUCUAAACGAUCCGAUGGAGACCCAACACACAGUGAUCAACGGAGACCUGCAGACCAGCCUGUGAUGAGCAGAGCCAGUCACUCAGGACAUGUGUGCUGGACACCCCGCAGAUGCUGACUGACUGCAGGACAUCUGGAGGAAGAAUGGACAUCUCCCUGACCCUCAAGACUCCUCAAGGACAUCAUUGAGCAAAAUACUUUACUGAAUCUGAGAAGUUCAAGACUUCACUAGUGUUACCAUCUGAACACACACACACGCACACACACACACACACACACACACA